CGUUUUAGAGGGAACGAAAUCGAUGCUUGAGUCCCGUUUUGCCUCCUGAUCUGUCUGACAGACGGAGAUCCAAGGUCAGCAGAGUUCCAGAUUCGCAGACACGGCACAGGCGAACCAGACUCUCAAGCCCACUAGAAUCACGCCUUCCUCCCCUAGCUGUGAAACGCGUUGAGCUCGGUUUUGCCAGUGCCAUUUCUCAUUGGAGUCGUCGCGAGUGUUUGAUUGGAAUCUGGCCGCUGGUCAUAAGCAAUCAACGCCAUGGGUGAGGUGUCGGCUCCACUGAUAAAGAACAUCCUGCUACUGGAUUCAGAGGGGAAGCGGGUAGCGGUCAAGUACUAUUCGGAUGACUGGCCGACUCUCGCAGCCAAGUUGAAUUUCGAAAAGUCGCUUCUGAGCAAAACGCAACGCGCCAAUGCCAGAGCAGAAGCGGAGAUCGGCAUCUUCGACGGGUUCAUCGUGGUGUACAAGUUCAUCGCGGACCUGCACUUCUACGUCACGGGAGGCGAGGACGAGAACGAGCUCAUCCUCUCCACCGUCCUCACCGCCUUCUUCGAGGCCGUCUCGCAUCUCCUCAGGGGCAACGUGGAGAAGAAGACGGUGCUGGAGAACCUCGACCUCGUGCUGCUGUGCCUGGACGAGCUCGUGGACGGCGGCGUGAUUCUGGAGACGGAGCCCACAGUGAUCGCCAACAGAGUGGCCAUGAGAGGAGCCGACGCCGACCUGCCUCUCUCUGAACAGACCAUCUCCCAAGCAUUGGCAACAGCUAAGGAUCAUCUGGCUCGCUCAUUGCUCAAAUGACAUGUCAUUAGUUACAUGUUUGCGUCGAAGUUAUAUAAGCGCCUUCCUAUGCGAUGAUUUGGUCCCAUUUACUGAUCCAUAGAUUAACUCCACAAUGGACUCUCUCAACUCAAGUGUCUUGUACUAUGCCAUCUUACGAAAACGCCAGUAAAAUUAGUGUACCUUA